CAGCUCACUCAGCGAGCAAGAAUAGAUAAAGUGCUGACAUAUCCCAACAACGCUGACGCCGUAGUUAAAAAUGAGCUCAAGCCUCGAACUUCAUCCUAUCUUUCAUCCCGUUUCAUCCCAAGUCAGGACGAGAACUCAGCAUGCAUCCUGCUUACACACUGUAUAUCGGGCUUGAAGCUCGUGUGACCGAAUGGAAGAACGAUAUGUAUGCGACUGUCAGUAAACGGUUCAGCGCACCCACUGAUGCACAAUAUCAGGUUGAUGAGAAGAGACCGAUGAUUACGGAGAAGCAAGCUGAAGAAGGGAGAUCGGAGAAGGAAUUGCUGGAACAAAAAUACGCCAGUCAGUCAUGAUCAGAGUUAACAUAUGGCUCGGAAGCGACGAGAUCGAAUUGUCAAGUUGUUUAUUCUGUCUUGCCUAUUAUCAACCAAUCCCUGACAUUGGAGCUUUUAUACAUCUAUUUUCAACUGCAAUCUAUCUACUUUCAAACAACCACCUAUUAUUCUUCCCCAAACAAAAUCAAGGAAUGCUCA